AUGAGCUCUGAGUCAUUACUCCAGUGCUUGCGGGAAUUGCAGGGUGUCCUGUCCCCUGCGACCAAGCUCUCACUUGCAUCUAUGGUCCACUUUGUUUUCCUUGCUACAAACCUUAAGAACAACAUAAUCCUUGUUCAGCCAGGAGAUUAUGAUCCUGGCUCUCCGCCUGCUAAUCUAUCACCAAGUAUCAUCCACUUUCUCUCUGCUAGCUGUCAAAUCGUACUGGAGGAUGUCCCAGCUUUCUGGACAGCAUUAAAAGACAUGAUCUGGCAUGAGGAUAACUUCGGGCUUUACAAUACACUCCCUCUUUUCACGCAGUAUGGGCAGAAACAUGGUAUCACCAUGUCUCCCCUCUACCCACCACAGCAGACAUGCGUCUCUCGUGGCUGUACCAACGAGAAGAAGCUAAUGAGAGCAGAGCAGCGUCCUGCAAUCCUGUACACACUCGAUCGCAGUCCAAUUGCUAUGCACUCUGUCCAUCUCAAAUGUGAUGCUUGUCAUGUUGGGUUCCAUCAUCACUAUUCGAUUGACUAUAAAGUCCCUGCACAUGAUCGCAAGUGGACCUAUUAUGUGCAGUUACCAGACGUACUCCACGUCGGUGGUCAUCAGUAUGUUGAUAUAGCUGUUGUGCGGAUGUGGAGAAUACUGAAUCUUGUUUCAUGGACAUCCAUGUCGAACUGUGCACGCUUUUAUAAUGUCUCUCUUUCAAAGAGCGCAGUCCCGCCACCUGAUUUUCCUUUCAAGUUUGGCCUCACAGGUGACCACAUCUGGAGCAGAGUUGUCCAACUCUCUCUCAUUGAAGAUUUACAACUUUGUGGUCAAGUGCUGGAGGUCAAGCAUGGAGGUGACCACAAAGAUAGAUUCACUGCACCGAUGCGCACCCGCAACCUACGCAUCCACCUCUAUGGUCAGGAGGAGCUCCGUCAUUAUUGUACCAAGUGCACUGUUCUCUAUGAUGACAACAAAGAUGGCACUCCUGACAGAAAGCUUUCCGUCGUUGUUACAGAUAGGGUCACUGUAGGCCAUCCAUGCUGCGGCAUCCAUAAUUGCCAUGAACCCCUUGGCAAUAAUCGAGAUAGAUUCUGUCCCAACCAUCUUCUAACACACCUCCAUAUCUGUGCAAUAGUGAACUGCGAGUGCAGUGUCAUACUGUCAACUAGGACGUGCAACGACCCCACACACCAGGCUAUUGAGAAGGCGUACACCCAACAUGGCCAGGCACACUUUCAACUUCAGGAAUGCCUUCAGCGUGCAUAUGUAGCCAUGCCCACCAACUCUGAUACUAGCGAUGUCGCGAUUGCUGACCUUGAGGCCGAUGAUCCCAUGGAAGAGGAGUUUGAGGUUCCAGUUGUUGCUGGUGAGGGAUAUGUGGAGACAACAAAGCAAACCGAGCCAAGGAAACUUCGCGCAAAGUUUGGUCGUAACCGUGCCCACAAUGAACAGUUGAUCAUUGCGCUGUGUGGGAUGAUUCUCGCACGCAAGACAUUUUAUGGAGCAGAGGGUGUCACAAGUGUUGUAGAGAUGAUCAAGAGAGUAUUUCGUGAUGAGAGCAUCAAGCCCAACCACAUCUUCUACGACAACAAUUGCACUUUGUCGUAUCAUGUUCGGAACGACCCUUACUUCAAAGGUGUAGGCCUAUCUGUCGAUGUGUUUCACUUCCAGUGCAAGCAUUCGGUCGAAGAUGCAUGGUGUCAGAAACACUGCAACCCUGCCCACUUUGACGAUCUGAAGUACGCCAGUGGCAACUGGCUAUUCAACUCCUCCAUUGCGGAGCAGACAAAUGUCUGGUUUGGGGGGUACCACUCAAUAUGCCGUGAGAUGCUUGUGGACAGAUAUGUCUUCUUCUUAGAUGAGAUGAUCCUUCAGAAGAAUUGGCUCAUGAAAGUAAAGCUACAUGCAGAGGGGAGAUGUCCUGGCAACUGGCCACUAGUAGAGUAA